AUGGAAAAUGGACAGAUAAACGAAAACGAUAUACAAAAUAAGGUUAUCCAUAAAAAAAAAAAACAAAAAAUGAAUAAUUUUACAACUAUAGAAAAUGAAACAGGUCUCAAAAAAAUAAAAAAAAACAUAGAAGAGAACAAUACCAAUAAUAGUUAUGAAGAACCACUACCUUUUGAUUUCCUCACUGAAAAUGAUUAUAAAGAAUAUGAAAGUUUUGCUAACUUUUUUGAAGACCAAUUUUCAAAAAUUAACAUAAAGGAUAUAAAUAAUAAAAUAAAUGAAAUAAGAAAUGAAGGAAAUUCAUAUUUUUCAAACUAUUUAAAUAGUUCAGAUGAAAGUGAUGCUGAAAGAAUGGAAAAAGGGGAUCAAUGUGAUUCAGUUUUUAAGCAAACAAAGGAAUAUAACAAAAACUUAAAAUUAAUAAAUAUAAAAAAAAACAAAAGAGCGAGAUUAAAUAUAAUAGUUAUAAAAAAAAAGUAUAUAGAUAAUAAUUCAACAGUUGAAGAAAAAGGGAAGGAAAUAAAAAAAAAUACAAUAAUUAUAUCACCCCUAUUUAUGCCUGUUGGUACAAAAUGUUGUAUUAAAGGUCUAAUAGAAGAAGAAGUAAAACAAAUAUGUAAUUACAUUAUUUUAAGUAACACUUAUCAUGUGUCAAAUAUUUAUGAUAUGACGAUAUUUCAAAAAAAUAAAGAUAUUAACAAUUUUAUAAGGUUCCCAAAUUCAAUGCUUACAGAUUCGGGUGGAUUUCAAAUGGUUUCUCUUAGUAAGAGAAUUAAAAUAUUAGAAGAAGGAAUAUUAUUUAACAACAUAUAUGAUAGUUCAGUUAUUAAGAGAAAUAUGGAAUUUCUUCUAAAGGAUGAAACCGAUUGUGGUAAGGCAACUGAAAGUGGUGAAAUAAAUAAAGAUAUCGAUUUAAACGAAGGGGAAGAUAUACUUCUUACCCCUGAAAAAUCAAUUCAACUACAAAAUAUGAUUGGAAGUGAUAUAAUAAUGGCAUUAGAUGAUGUUCGACCUGCCACAGAAAGUGAUAUAAAUAAAAUUGAGGAAGCAACUUAUAGAACAAAUAGAUGGUUAGAGAGGUGUAUAAAAAGUCAUGGAAAAAAAGAAGAUCAAACUUUAUUUGGAAUAAUACAAGGUGGAUUACAUAUUGAUUUAAGAAAUAAAUCUAUGGAUUUUAUUUUACGACAGAAAUUAAAUGGAUAUGCUAUAGGGGGGUUAUGUGGAGGUGAAAAAAAAAAAAAAUUUAUAGAAAUAAUAAAUCAUUGUUCUAAUGAAAAUAAUUUAAAAUAUAAUUAUUUACCAAUAAAUAAAUGUAGAUAUAUAAUGGGUAUAGGAUAUUUAAUGGAUAUAUUAUUUUGUUCGAUUUUAGGAUAUGAUAUGUAUGAUUGUGUAUAUCCAUCAAGAACUGCCAGAUUUAAUACAGCAUUAAGUUAUGAUGGAACAUUAAAAUUAAAACAAGCUAAAUAUAAAUAUGAUUUUACACCACUUGUUAAAAAUUGUUCUUGUUAUGUUUGUAAUAAUUAUUCUAAAUCAUUUUUACAUUUACUUAUAACUAAAAAAAAUCCGGUUGUUAAUACUUUAUUAACAAUUCAUAAUAUUUUUUUUACACUCCAUUUUUGCUAUCUAAUGAGGGUAUCUAUUUUUUCGAACAAAAUAGACUAUUUUGUUACCACUGCUUUGUAUAACAAUUUUGUCAUUGGAUAUAAAAAUGGAAAUUACAAAAUCCCAGACAGUAACAUGACUGAUAGUGAUAAUACACCAGUAAAUAAUGACCCAAUAAAUAUAUGCAGUAAUAAUACAGUUGUGAAAGAAACAAAUGGGGUAUCAGAAAAUUAUGACUAUUCUGCUAAUAAUUUAAAAAAUGAAUUUUCCACCUCAAAAAAUGACAAAAUAAAUGAACUAAUAAAGCGAUUACCAAUUUGGGCAUUAGAAGCCUUGAAAUAUGCAAAUAUAGAACUUAAGUUUUGA